GCCCGCGUCAAGAAUAAGGCGGUCCUACUUCAAAAUAAAGUUCUUUACUUACAGGAGGCGACUCAGUGUCAGGGAUAUCGGUGGGAUCCAGCUAGUCAAUAUUGACUAGGCUCCCAGGUGAAUACAUAGCCUACUGUACAUCCACGGUGUUUAGAGUUGACCGUCAUGAACACCAAAGAAGUCAAAGAAUUGGACGGAUCGGCAGAGCAAGCCGCCAGUUUAUUCGGGGCGCCAACUAUGGAAAGUAACUCAGGACACAAUGGACACAAAUGGAAAAGUUCUCUCAAAUGGAAAGUCAUAACUGGGGUGCUGCUGCUGUGUCUUCUCGCCACCAUCCUGGCCUUCGUGUUAUCUAUGAGGCCGCACGUGAGCAGCUGCAGGAACCGCUGUGCGGCGGCCCGCGGCGGCGCGUCCGCCUCCUGCCACUGUGAGCCCACCUGUGAGGCGGCGGGGACCUGCUGCCGGGACUAUGAGGAGCUCUGCGUGGCGCCUGUCUGGCGACAGAGCUGCAGCAGGUCCCGCUGUGGCGAGCAGAGGUUGUCCUACGGUCUGUGCUCCUGCUCGGACGACUGCUUGCAAAAGGGCGACUGCUGUGUUAACUACAAGAGCCAGUGUCAAGACGGCGGGAAGACCUGGCUGGACCAGGAGUGUGAGGAAAUCGGACAGCCACAGUGUCCAGCCGGUUUCUCCAAGCCUCCGGUGAUCCUGAUCUCCAUGGACGGCUUCAGGGCCGGCUAUCUGAAGGCCUACGGGAGCAUGCUGCCCGUGCUCAGCAAGCUACGCCGCUGCGGUACAUCCACCUCACACAUGAGGCCUGUGUAUCCGUCCAAGACCUUUCCCAACCACUACUCCAUAGUGACAGGCCUCUAUCCAGAGUCUCACGGCAUCGUGGACAACAAGAUGUACGACGUGGGCCGCAACGCCUUGUUCAGCCUCAGAGUUCCGGAGAAAAACAACCCUGAAUGGUACCAGGGAGAGCCUGUGUGGCUCACGGCUAUGCGUAACAACCUGAAGGCAGGCACGUUCUUCUGGCCCGGCUCUGACGUGGCCAUCAGUGGCCGGUUCCCAAACUACUACAUGAACUACAGCCGGGGCAUUCCGUUUGACCAGAGGGUCUCCACGCUGUUUGAAUGGCUCAAGCUGCCGCAGGGGAAGAGGCCAGACUUCUACACUUUGUACCUGGAGGAGCCAGACGCUGCAGGCCAUCAACAUGGACCCGACAGCAAGGAGGUGAAGGACGCCCUGAAGAACGUGGACCAGGUCAUCGGCUCCCUGAUGGAGGGCCUGAAGCAGAGAGGCCUGCAUCGCUGCGUCAACCUGGUCCUGCUCUCCGACCACGGCAUGGAGGAGGCUUCCUGUAGCCGCGCGGCCUACAUCUCCAACUACCAGAGCAACGUGGACGACUUCAUCAUCAUCCAGGGCCCCGCGCCCCGCAUCCGGCCCAAGCGGCUCCCAGAGGACUUCUUCACCUUCGACUACAAGGGGCUCGUAAAGAACUUGUCGUGCAGGGCAGAUGACCAGCCGAUGAGGCCCUACAUGAAGGAGGACCUGCCCAAGCGGCUGCACUUUGCCAACAACGUGCGCAUCGAGGCCGCCCACCUGUACAUGAGGGCCGGCUGGCAGGCCGCGCUCAAGCCUGACGGGGUCAAGUACUGCAAGGGGGGGUUCCAUGGCUCGGAUAACAUCUUUGACAACAUGCAGGCUGUGUUUAUUGGCUACGGACCACAUCUAAAGCACAGGACUACAGUUCCCCCUUUUGAAAACAUUGAAGUUUACAACCUCUUGUGUGACCUGCUGGGCAUCCCCCCGUCCCCUAACAACGGGACCCAUGGCAGUCUGAACCACCUUCUGAAGAGGCCGGUCCACCGGCCCGUGCACCCCGCCCAGCUGUCCCACGACGCGCCCUGCGGUGCCCUCUCAGCGCUGCCCAUGGGAGGCCUGGGCUGCAACUGCAGCUCCGUCUCCCCCACGGAGUUAACCUUCCUGUGAUGUUUUCCCACGUUGGUAGACUCCACGGAGGCAGCCCGCCUGCGACAGCGCCACCUCCCGUACGGCACCCCGCGGGUUCUCCAGGAGAACGCACACUUCUGCCUCCUCUACCAGGCGGACUACGUUAACGGCUUCAGCAGAGACGUACUGAUGCCCCUCUGGGUGUCCUACACCCUCCCGCCCCCGACCGGUGCCCAGCCUCCGAGCCCCCGGAACGAGUCCUGUGUGCGUGAAGAUGUACGCGUACCGCCCAAUGCUAGCCAGACAUGCGAGUCGUACCACGAUGAUCCCACCUUGACCUACGGCCUCCUUCACCCCCCCGUGUUGAGUCCUGUCGGAUUACAACCGGAUUCUCUGCUCUCAAGCAACAUGGCGCCAAUGUUUCCUGCAUUUAAAGAGGUCUGGACCUAUAUCCACACCGUCUUGGUGCAGAACUACUCCCGGGAGCUCAACGGUGUCAAUAUCGUCAGUGGGCCUAUAUUCGACAAAAACUACGACGGAAGGUUUGACACGCCCAAGAUUACUGCAGCGAGCGAGGCGCCCAUCCCCACACACUUCUUUGUGAUCCUGACCAGCUGCGCCGACGGCGGCCUCCGCCCCGAGCUGUGCGCAGGCCCCCUUCAGGUCCGCUCCUUCGUCCUGCCGCACCGACCCGACCACACAGAGACCUGCGCUAGCGGGCCAGACUACACGUGGGUGGAGGCGUGGAUGCUGCUCCACGUGUCGAGGGUCCGAGACGUGGAGCUGCUGAGCGGCCUGAGCUUCUACCAGGACAGGAUCUCAGUGGAGGAGACACUGCAGCUGAAGACCUUCCUGUACGAUGUGUAGCAUCACCCCCUACGCCAGUACUAGCAAUAAUCAUCAAUCAAUACACAGGGAAGAAAACGGGUUGAUUUACCAAAUGCUGCACAAGACAAUCGUCCACAUAGGGUUAGCACAGGUGAUGUGUG